CCGAGCUCGAUUCCCACAUGGGGCCGAUGAGUGAAAUAGUACAAUUUUAAAUAGAAAAAACGAUGGAGUAUGUACGGAAAGAUGGUUCAAAUUUGGAAUAAUAGACGGAGUAUAUACCAAAGGAUGGUUCAUCUGUCUGCUUGGUAGUGUCAAUAUCCGAAAGCCGAGCUCAGCUGGAGCGUUAACAUGCUCGAUCGGUAUGCUUCUUCCGGCUGAGCUGUUGAUGCGGCGAUCAGCUGGGGAGUUAGGAACGGAUGCGAGGAACAAGAAAUGUGUGGCUCCUGGGUGGAAGGAGGCAAAGCAGCCAUGAAUGUGAGAGAGGAGCGUGGAGGUGAGAAGAUAGGGAGCAGUUCUCUUGUGUGGAAGGAGGUAAAGUAGCCACGAGUGUGAGAGAGGAGCUUACAGGUCAGAUGGGGAGCAGUUUGUCACAGCGUAGAAGGCACAGUGGAGAAAUGAGUGCCGAUGAGUAGGUGGAAUGCGUGUGGGAUAUGCUUUUCGCGGCCUCUUGGAUAAGAUCAAGUGUAGCAUCUGUUCUGGUCGGUUUAAUAUCUGAUCCGUGGUCCAUCAUUGGACCAUUUUUUUUAAUAAAAAGAAAAGAAAGUGUGUGGGAUGGAUGACUUCGCACUUGGGAGCUAGCAUGCCAAGCUUGUGCUUUCAUGGAUGCUUGUGGUCGGUGCAAAUGGUUUCAACGAUGGACCAAGCCGGUCAUGGUGUUCCAUUGAUGGACCAAGCCGCUCGUGGUACAAAGUGGUGACUGGAACCAAGCCGCUCAUCAUGGUUCAAUUGAUGGGCCAAGCCGCUUGUGGUACAAAGUGGUGACACCACGGGCAUGGUGUAAUUGAUGGACCAAGCUGCUUGUUGUACAACGUGGGGAGAUCAUGAUAAGGUUUGGAGAAGAGCGGAGGCAGGUUGCUUGGAUUUCCGCGUCGUAGAAGAAAAGAUGAUGCCGUUGUGUUGGGGAUGAAUCCGUGAGUCGGCAGGCACCCUUUGGGCUUUAUGAAUGAAGCACACAAGCAUAGGGUCACUUGGCAGCACAGCUGUGAGUAAUCCUCCUGGACCCACUCUACUCAGCUCAGGAUUACCUCAUGCAUAUGCCCGACUCUCGGUGCGUUUGUCGCUUUGCUGUUUGUCUUCAGCUCCAAAGAAGAGCGUGAAAGCCGAGCUUGAAUGCUGAGCUCAAAAGCUGAUCUCGAAAGCCGACCUCGAAAGCUGAGCUCAAAGCUGAGCUCAAAAGACGAGCUCGAAAGCCAGGCUCGAAAGCCGAGCUUGAAAAAGCCGAGCUUGAAAAAGCCGAGCUUGGAAGCAAGCAGAGCUCGAAAGCAGGGCUUGAAAGCAGAGCUUGAAAGCAGAGCUUGAAAGCAGAGCUUGAAAGCAGAGCUGAGGUCUCAGGAAUGGGUAUCAGGACACACACACACACACACACACUCUCUCUCUCUCUCUCUUUGACCCUGGGAGGGUGAGCAGGUGAGGUAGUCGAGAGGAGGGUCGAGGCUGGCAGGUAAGCAUGCAGCGGGCAAUGGAAUCUGGUGAUGGCCUGUGUCCACCGUCGGAUGGUGGAAGUCCCGUUGGCUCGGUAAGUAGCAGGGAGGCUUCCCAGAGUGCCCGCCGGUUAGACACAGUAUCUCAGCUUGACCCAAGUGCAGAGGUUACUGGGCAAGGAUCACCUUCCCCAGGGAUUGAUACUGUUGAGGGCACUACUGGGAGUGCGGAAUAUGUCCCUCGUGGCUGGGCUGACGCUGUGAAGAAUGGAGGGAGCCCUGGUGGGGUGGCAGAUGGGGCACAGGAUCUGAGUAGCUCGAGGAGGGAGAUCUCUCUGGAGAGGAGAGGAGAGGUUGGGUCAUAUCCCCCGCUCGAACGGGAAUUCGACCGCGUUUGGGCGGAGAACUCGAGGCGUGGGAAAUCGGGGAGCAAGAGGGGAGGGAGAAUGCGCGGAAGAGGAAACCCGAAGGCACAGGUUUCUCUGCUCGGGACUGACAGACAUGAAACCGUGGGUGGUGCCCCUAUGGUGUUGCACGAAAUGUUUGUUGAGCGCGUGAGUGCUGAUGUCAUCGACAUGGCAUAUGCUCAGGUCGGACAGGACGUGGAGGCAGCUAUCGGCGUUCUUCUGGACCUUUCACAGUACAGCGGGCCAAGCGAAGAAGUUGUGAAUGCGCAAGCAGAUGCGUCUGCAGUUGGCGGCAGCAGGACUUCUGCGCCUUCUGUGCCAGAGGGUGAAGUCUGGUCAGGUGAUGGGAAUAGCAACUUAGUGUCCGCACGUAGCAAGCAGGAAAAGGUGCCAGAGAGGAGGGCAAGCCAUGAUGGCCAUGAUGUCGUUGAGCAGAACAAGUUUAAGAGCGAGGAAUGCGGGGACUGUGGGUGGUAUAAACUUCCUACUGAAUGCCGGCUGAUGAUUUUCGGUCACCUUGCAUCGCGAGAAAUCGCGCGUGUAUCGCUGGUAUCCAAGGACUUCGCUGCAUAUGCAAGAGAAUUUAGGGCCAGGGUCACCUUUUUGACGCCUCCCAGGAUGGUGCGUGUGUCGGCGGUUGCAGAAAUGGUCGCAGCUUUUCCGAACCUGCGGUCCCUUAGCCUCAAGCGAUGGGGUCCCGACCUUCAGGGAUUCCGACGCAUCUUCGUCGCCGCCGCAGGGAUCCCUCUUUUUAGUCCGAAAUGCGAAGCGCAGUUGCGCCGUGUGGAUGACAGCUGGUUUGUGACGGCUUGCAAGAGGUCGUUAGGAUCAAUCGACCUGCGAAGCUGUCAGCAUCUGACAGAUGACGACAUAGGUACCCUCUGCCGCCUGCAUACAGGGUUGCAGAGCGUAGACUUGAGCCACUGUAAUGGGAUAUCGGAUUUCUCGCUGAAGCACCUAAGCCGUUUUCCUUCGGCAGGAGCGGGAGGCGAAAGGUCUCCGGGGAGCAGAAGGGGAGGAGGAGAGUACGCAAGCCCAAGCAGAAGUGAAGCGGCCAUACUCCCAGGGAGCCCGUCGACGGAUGGAGGACAUCCUGAUCAAGAGGAAGCAGGGAGGGUUGUGUUCCGCUUUGCAUCGUCACCUGGUGUCGCGGUGCCGUCUACAAGGGUUGAAGAAGGAGAACGCGGCGACAGUGACAGGGAUGGAGGAGGCAGCUUACCAAGCAGUAAUGACGAGGAACCGAGGGCAAGGCAUGCUGGCGGUGUGGAUCCCAUGUCCCCUGUGUCCUCCUCCCCGAGGGCUCGCAUGACUGAAAUUGUGGAAAGAGGGAUCGGGAGAAUGAUGGAGGGAGGCUUGUCGGCAUCGGACGAAGAUAACGACGGGGGGAUUGCAGUGGAGGGGCUGAAGUCGCUUUGCUUGAAGGGUUGUCAGGGUAUCAGCGGUAGGGGCUUGCAGAUGCUCCUCACGCAAGGGGUGUGCAAGGACUCCUUGACCUCGCUUGACGUGUCGGAGUGCCUUUCGUUGACGCGCACCGCUCUGCAGAUGUCAGGCAAAGUCGCUCUUCAGCGACUGCGCGCGAUGCGGUUACCGCAUCUGACAUCGGUGCCCGCGUCGCUCCUUUCUCCCAAUUUGAAGGAGCUAUACUUGGACAACAAUCCGCACUUACGAGAGGUCUGCUACAGUGGCCGAGUUCUCGAGUGCCUAAGUGUGACCAAUUGCCCUGAACUAAGUAGUCUGCAAGUGCAGGCGCCGCUGCUCUCGCAGCUGUACAUUGCUUCGUGCACCGCUUUGCGCAACAUAAGGGAUUUUCAAUGCCCUGCCUUGCGAAAGGUGAAUGCUUUCAUGUGUCGCACUCUCACCCGCGCAGCUGUCGAAACGGUUAUCCAAGACUCCACCUCGACUCUCUCGGAGCUCACGUUGUCGGGUUGCCAUGGCAUCGACUGGCUGAAUCUUCCGCACCGGGCGUUGUCGAGAUUGGAGGUCAAGGGGUGCGACGAACUUGUACGACUAAGCGCGGAAUCGAAGGUCCUGACAGAGUUUGACGCGCGCGGAAGCAAUAAACUCGAGGAGGUAUCUCUUGAGUCAGGACUGCUUACACGACUGCUCCUCAACAACUGUCGACAGCUGAGGGCUCUGAGCAUUCCCGUCUGGCGUAUCGUAGACACAUGCAGGGCGAAGAGACACACUUUGGCAGCGGCAUCGCCGGGCACUGACAAGUCCAAUUCAGUGACAAUUCAGCAGCAGCAAGGAAAGGGGAGGAAGGAAGGAAAGGGGUCGGGUGGGAGUCGAGCUUUGGCGAUGACAGAGUACCUGAUUGAGAUUGAUGUAAAUGGUUGCUGUCUUCCAGAAGAGGCACAAGAAAUGCUGCGAAGGCUGCGUGUGACAGACUGACACACACAUCCUGCCUGCCGAAGGUGGUGCUGUGGGCCUGCGGCCAGCUUUCUACGUGGCAACGAUCUCGUCCACGGUAUUGCCUGCCGCCCUGUGUGUGUUCACUACCGCUCUUCAUCACCAUCGCACAGGAUCGGUCUCCAGUUUCCCGUAUGGAUACGUCUUCUGCACUCGUUGUGAUAUGAGGGUGCUCGCUCUGCUUUCGUCGUCAGAAAAAAUAACAAAUAACAGAGUAUUGA